AUGGCGGCCGACUUCUCAGAAAAGAGCCCCGAUGGCAGUGGCAUGCCCAAGGGCGCCUCCAAUUCCUCGGCCAGCAGCGGGGGCGACUCCACCGACUCGGCCCCCAUUUCCAAGCAAUCUCCGCCCCGGCACGACCAGGAAAAGGAGCUUGCCAAGAUCGACUCCAAGCUUAUCGCGCCCCCGCGAGCAGACGAUCCCGACGAGCUCUACCGCCAUCUGCCUGCGCACCAGGCCGAGAUCCUCAAGAGGCAAAUCGUCACGCCGGAGCUCAAAAAGGGCGUCGGCGUCAUCUAUCGUUAUUCGUCACGCAAUGACCUCAUCAUCCUCGCCGUCUCGGCAGUCUGCGCCAUUGCCUCGGGUGCCGCUCUGCCGCUCAUGACGGUCAUCUUCGGCAAUCUCCAGCGCAUAUUUCAGAAUUACUUCUUCUCUGGCGGACGGCAGACGUACGACGAAUUUGUCGGCGAGCUGACAAAGUUCGUCCUCUACUUUAUCUACCUAGCCAUUGGCGAGUUCGUCGUCACCUACAUCUGCACCGUGGGCUUCAUCUACACGGGCGAGCACAUCAGUGCAAAGAUCCGCGAGCACUACCUGGAGAGCUGCAUGCGCCAGAACAUUGGCUUCUUCGACAAGCUCGGCGCCGGCGAGGUCACCACCCGCAUCACCUCGGACACCAACCUCAUUCAGGAUGGCAUCUCGGAAAAGGUGUCGCUCACCCUCGCCGCCCUGGCCACAUUUGUCACCGCCUUCAUCAUCGGAUUCGUCAACUAUUGGAAGCUGACCCUCAUCCUCUCCUCCACCGUCUUCGCCCUCCUCCUCAACAUAGGCGGCGGCUCCCGCUUCAUGCUCAAGAACAACAAGGCCUCGCUCGAGGCCUACGCCCAGGGCGGCAGCCUCGCCGACGAGGUCAUCAGCUCCAUCCGCAACGCCAUCGCCUUUGGCACCCAGGAACGCCUGGCCAAGCAGUACGACAAGCACCUCACCAAGGCCGAGUACUUCGGUUUCCGCCUCAAGAGCGCCUUGGCCGUCAUGGUUGCUGGCAUGAUGCUCAUCCUCUUCCUCAACUACGGCCUGGCCUUUUGGCAAGGAAGCAAGUUCCUCGUCGACGGCAUCAUUCCUCUCUCCAAGGUGCUCACCAUCAUGAUGUCCGUCAUGAUUGGUGCCUUCAACCUCGGAAACGUCACCCCGAACAUCCAGGCCUUCACCACCGCCGUUGCCGCCGCCGCCAAGAUCUUCAACACCAUCGACCGCAUCUCCCCCCUCGACCCCACCGACGACAAGGGCACCAAGGUGGACAACCUGCAGGGCAACAUUCGGCUCGAGAACAUCAAGCACAUCUACCCGUCCCGGCCCGAGGUGGUUGUCAUGGACGACGUCAGCCUUGAGAUCCCUGCCGGCAAGACCACGGCCCUCGUCGGCGCUUCCGGCUCCGGCAAGAGCACCAUUGUCGGCCUCGUAGAGCGCUUUUACGACCCCGUCGAGGGUUCUGUCUACCUAGACGGCCACGACAUCAGCAAGCUAAACCUGAGAUGGCUUCGCCAGCAGAUGGCUCUCGUCAGCCAGGAGCCCACCCUGUUCGGUACCACCAUCUUCCACAACAUCCGCCACGGCCUGAUCGGGACCAAGUUUGAGGACGAAAACGAGGAGAAGCAGCGCGAGCUUGUCAUCCAGGCAGCAGUCAAAGCAAACGCCCACGACUUCGUGUCGGCCCUGCCGGAAGGCUACGAGACCAACGUCGGCGAGCGAGGCUUCCUCCUUUCUGGUGGUCAGAAACAGCGUAUUGCCAUAGCGCGAGCCAUUGUUUCUGACCCGAAAAUCUUGCUUCUGGACGAAGCCACGUCUGCCCUUGAUACAAAGUCUGAGGGCGUUGUGCAAGCGGCCCUGGAGGCUGCCGCUGCAGGCCGCACCACCAUCACCAUUGCUCACCGGCUAUCGACAAUCAAAGAUGCUCACAACAUUGUCGUCAUGUCGGCUGGCUGCAUCAUCGAGCAAGGCACCCACGACCAGCUUCUCGAAAAGGGGUCGGCCUACUUCAAGCUCGUGUCCGCCCAGAACAUUGCUGCCGCGGAAGCCAUGACGGCCGAGGAGGAGGCAGAACUCAAUGAGGAGGAGGCAGAGCUGAUUCGCCGCAUAUCGACUAAAAAGGGCGAGUUCAUGGCGGAUCCCGACGACGACAUUGCCGCCAAGCUCGGACGCACAACGACGCAGAAGUCGGCCUCGAGCAUUGCUCUGCAGAAGCGAAGCCCCCAAGAGACGGGGAGGGAUGGCUUGUGGACGCUGAUGAAGCUCAUCUUGUCUUUCAAUGCGCCUGAAUGGAAGCUGAUGUUGGUUGGCCUGGUAUUCUGCGUCAUCUGUGGUGGCGGUAACCCGACGUCGGCAGUCCUCUUCGCCAAGCAAAUCACGACCUUGUCUCAACCUAUAACGGACCAGAACCGCCACCAGGUGAAGAAAGAUUCGGACUUCUGGAGCGCCAUGUUCCUGAUGCUGGCCUUUGUCCAGUUCUUUGCCUUUUCCUUGCAGGGCGUGGCGUUUGCCAAGUGUUCGGAGCGUCUCGUCCACCGCGUCCGGGACCGCGCGUUCAGGACCAUGCUCCGACAAGACGUGGCUUUUUUCGACAAAGAAGAGAACACGGCCGGUGCGCUGACGUCGUUUCUGUCGACCGAGACUACGCACGUGGCUGGCCUCAGCGGCGUGACGCUGGGGACGCUCUUGAUGAUGACGACGACGCUCAUCGCGGCCAUCACAGUUUCCUUGUCCAUCGGCUGGAAGCUGUCGCUUGUCUGCAUCUCCACCAUUCCGAUUCUCUUGGGGUGCGGCUUCUUUCGGUUCUGGAUGCUUGCUCAUUUCCAGCGUCGCUCCAAGGCGGCGUACGCCUCGUCAGCGACGUUUGCAUCCGAGGCCAUCUCAGCGAUCCGGACUGUUGCCUCCCUGACGCGUGAACACGACGUGCUCAAGAUGUACCACGAUGCCCUGGCUGCGCAGCAGCGCAGAAGCCUGAUAUCGAUCCUCAAGUCGAGCGCGCUGUACGCCGCCUCGCAGUCGUUUCUUUUCCUCUGCUUUGCCCUCGGCUUCUGGUACGGAGGCACUCUGAUCGGCAAAUUCGAGUACAACCAGUUCCAGUUCUUCCUCUGCUUCAUGGCCAUCGUCUUCGGCGCCCAGUCUGCGGGCUCCAUCUUCUCGUUCGCCCCGGACAUGGGCAAGGCCCACCACGCGGCCCAGGAACUCAAGGCAUUGUUUGACAGCAAGCCGACGAUUGACUCGUGGUCGACCGAGGGAGAGCGCCUGGAAAAGGUGGACGGACACGUCGAGUUCCGCGACGUGCACUUUCGCUAUCCCACGCGCCCCGAGCAGCCCGUUCUGCGCGGCCUCAACUUGUCGGUGCGGCCGGGGCAGUACGUGGCACUCGUCGGCGCGUCGGGCUGCGGAAAGAGCACGACGAUAGCCCUCUUGGAGCGCUUCUACGAUCCGCUGGCGGGCGGGGUGUUCAUUGACGGCAAGGAGAUUAGCUCCCUGAACAUCAACGACUACCGCUCUCACAUUGCUCUGGUGAGCCAGGAGCCGACGCUAUAUCAGGGCAGCAUCCGGGAGAACAUCCUUCUGGGCAGCGCCGAUGAGCAUGUGUCGGACGAGGCGAUUGAGUUUGCGUGCCGAGAGGCCAACAUCUACGACUUCAUCCUCUCCCUGCCCGAGGGCUUCAACACGAUGGUUGGAAGCAAGGGCGCCCUCCUUUCCGGCGGGCAGAAGCAGCGCAUCGCCAUUGCGCGCGCGCUGAUUCGCGACCCCAAGAUACUGCUCCUGGACGAGGCGACGUCGGCGUUGGACUCGGAAUCGGAGCACGUGGUGCAGGUAGCGCUGGACAAGGCGGCCAAGGGGCGGACGACGAUUGCGGUGGCGCAUCGGCUGAGCACGAUCCAAAAGGCCGACGUCAUCUACGUGUUUGACCAGGGACGGAUCGUCGAGGCGGGCACGCACUCGGAGCUGAUGAAGAGGAACGGACGGUACGCGGAGCUGGUCAACCUGCAGAGCCUGGCCAAGCACGAAUAG